AGCAGCUUACAACCAGUUCCUAGAUGGUUGGGUUCAAGAUAUUAUGGCUUUUAAACCACUAGCAAAGGUUCUUCACUCUCAGUGGUUAGCAGAAAAGGUACUGCAGCCCUGGAUAAGUCGAGAUGGUAUUAUUCCAUCAGCCCACUGUUCUUGUACAGUUGGACUUGGAGAGUCCUGCACUCAUGUGGCAGCCACUUUAUUUAUGCUGGAAGCAAACACCAGACUAAAAGAGAGUAAGACAGUUAGUUACAGGUUGUCAUCUUACUGGAUAAAUCCAUCAGAGCUUAAAAAAGUUUUGCCAACUAAGGUUUCUGAGAUUGACUUCACCUCAUUAAAAAACAAAAAGAAGAAUAGGUUUGUGCCUGUGCUUUAA